AUGUUAACGACGUCUAAAAUUCCUGGAUUGACACCGUGCUCGCAGGGCUUCUGUCUGUACAACGCCGUCGCCGUCGCGGCGGCGUGGGCGCGCUACAACCUCGCAGACGCAGGCAUCAAGCGCAUCACGAUUCUCGACUUCGACAUUCACCACGGAAACGGCACGCAGCAAAUCGUGGAGGCGUUACACUUGCUUCCGCUCAUUUACGAAUUUAAGCCUGACUUGCUGCUGCUCAGUGCAGGGUUCGACGCGCACUUGACAGAUCCCAUGACUGAUAUACAUUAA